AGUUUUCAAAUUGGCAAUCGGUCCGGCAGCUCCAUAUGGAUUGUUCUAGGGUUGUUGCCGCAUUGCAAACUUUGAUGUUGUAGAGUAUCGAUACGCUUGUCUAAAUAAAUCAGCUGCCGUUUCGGCUGUAUCUGCGGUCUUUGCAUAACAAAAUUCAUCAAAAUUCACUGCAAAUCCGCCAGAGAAAUUCAUUAAGAUUGCUGGAAACGCAAACGUAAACCGAUAACAAGACUAACAUAAUAAUGGGUCAAUAUACGGCAUCGCAGAGAAAAAAUGUGCGAAUUUUGCUUGUCGGCGAUGCUGGCGUAGGCAAAACAUCAUUGAUCCUAUCGCUGGUCAGCGAGGAAUAUCCGGAGGAGGUGCCCCCACGCGCCGAAGAGAUCACAAUACCGGCGAAUGUAACGCCCGAACAAGUGCCCACCAACAUUGUCGACUUCUCCAGCGUGGAGCAAUCGGAUGAUGCACUGGCCGCUGAGAUAAACAAAGCGCAUGUCGUCUGCAUUGUGUAUGCCGUGGACGAUGAUGAUUCGUUAGAUCGGAUAACGUCACAUUGGCUACCGCUGGUGCGGAGCACAUGCAACAGUGCCGAUGGCGAACCGGAUGAGGCACGCAAGCCAAUUGUAUUGGUCGGAAAUAAAAUCGAUUUGAUCGAGUAUUCAACAAUUGACAGUGUUCUGGCCAUUAUGGAGGAUUACCCAGAGAUCGAAAGCUGUGUUGAAUGCUCAGCCAAAACGUUGCACAACAUUUCUGAAAUGUUCUACUAUGCACAAAAGGCAGUACUGCAUCCCACAUCACCUCUCUAUAUUAUGGAAGACCAAGAUCUUACGCCCGCCUGCAAGAAGUCGUUGGUGCGCAUAUUCAAGAUAUGCGAUAUUGAUAGCGACAAUCUGUUAAAUGAUUACGAGCUAAACCUAUUCCAGAGGCGCUGCUUCAACACACCGCUGCAACCGCAAAUACUGGACGAGGUGAAGUCCGUGAUACAGAAGAAUGUGCCGGAUGGCAUAUAUAACGAUGCUGUCACGCUGAAAGGGUUCCUGUUCCUGCACUGCCUGUUCAUCCAGCGGGGUCGCAAUGAGACGACGUGGGCGGUGCUGCGUCGCUUCGGGUACAACGAUCAGUUGGAGAUGUGCCAGGAGUAUUUGCGUCCGCCCUUGAAAAUACCACCGGGUAGCAGUACGGAGCUCUCGCAUCGUGGCCAACAAUUUCUGAUUGCGGUCUUUGAGCGUUAUGAUCGCGAUGGCGAUGGCGCCUUAUCGCCCGAGGAGCACAAAAUGCUAUUCAGCACCUGCCCAUCGGCACCGUGGUCAUAUUCGACGGAUAUACGCAAAUCGUGUCCGACAAAUGAUGCCGGCUGGGUGACGCUGCAUGGCUGGCUGUGCCGCUGGACACUGAUGACGUUGGUGGAUGUGGUUAAGACCCUGGAGUAUUUGGCCUAUUUGGGUUUCAAUGUGCACGAGAACGACAGCCAACUGGUUGCCAUCCAUGUGACCCGCGAGCGUCGCAUCGAUCUAGCCAAGCGGCAGAGCAGCCGUUCCGUGUACAAGUGCCAUGUGAUCGGACCGAAGGGUUCGGGCAAGACGGGCUUGUGUCGCGGCUUUCUCAUCGAUGAGAUGAGCAAGCUGCUGGGCAAGGAGUUCAAGACCAAUGUUGUUCACUGCAUCAACUCGGUGCAGGUCUAUGGCCAGGAGAAACAUUUGAUAUUGCGCGACAUCGAUGUGCGUCACGCUCUCGAUCCGCUCCAGCCGCAAGAGGUCAACUGUGAUGUUGCUUGCCUUGUUUACGACGCCUCCAAUCCACGCUCCUUUGAAUACAUCGCCCGCAUUUACAUUAAAUACUAUGCGGAAAGCAAAAUACCCGUCAUGAUUGUGGGCACCAAAUGUGAUCUCGACGAGCGACGCCAGGAUUAUCUGAUGCAGCCAUCGGAAUUCUGUGAGAAAUACAAAUUGCUGCCGCCGCAUCUGUUCAGCCUGAAGACCAACAAAAAGGAGCUAUACACAAAGCUUGCCACAAUGGCAGCGUUUCCGCGCUUUCAAGCCGCCUGGAUACUGUUCUACAAGCACAGGUUGGUACAGCUAUGGGAAUCGGCAUAUUUGCGGCAAUUUGGACUCAUGACCGAGGAUCCGAAUGUGUGGUUAAAAGCCGGCUUGGGCGUUGCGGCUGCCACUGUGCUGGGCUUUAUAGUGCUGAAGGCGAUAAGUGCAACUGGAACGCAUGGACGUUAAGUGAGAGCGUUGAAUCUGCCAUUUUAUAUUGGGCUAUAAAUGAGAGAGAACUUUGGACACAAAAUUAUAACUGCGCAAAGAAAAAAAAAAACAAAAAACCCAAAAACGUUUAUCAAUUCAUGUUAUUUUUCUCGUUUGUUUUGAUCGUUGCAAUCAAAAUUUAUUGUUAACAAAAAAAUACUACAACGCAAAAUAAGGAUGUUAAAAAACGAGUUGUGUUCUUCAUUCAUUAAAAAACAGCGUCAUGUACAUAAAUAAUUACUUACUUACAGACAAUGGAAAUACAGGCAGGGACAGCAAAUAGUAUCUUCUUACAGUCAAGCACACUAUGCAUUUCUACAAACAUACAUCUAUAUAUAUAUAUAUAAAUACAGACAUACAGAUAUAAUAUAUACUCUUUACUCCCCGAUAAGUCUUAUUUACGUUUACGUUUAUGUCAUAUUUAUGCCCAUUUAGUACUCAGACAUACAUGGAUAUAUAUAUAUAUAUAUGUAUACUUAUAGCGAUCACGCAUAAAAUGUUGUGAUUAACUAGCAGCUCUAUAUUCUAAAAUAUAUAUACUUUAGUUACACACAUACAUAUAUGCAUAUUCAUUUAGCGUCGACACUUGUAAAUACGCGCAAGUCCCAAUGAGCAAUAAAUCUAUUUAAAUAUUUACUUUAA